AUGUCCUGCAGUCCAGUAAGAAGAAGCAGGCAGGCAGGCACGCGUGAGUCAGGCGUGGAAUUACAUGCUCGCUUGUUAGUUAGAUGCACCUUCCUAUCCUUUCUAGGGAGGAUAGGAAGGAAAACAAGUUUUGCCAGUAGAUCUUCAGUCAAACACGACAUCAAAUCGCAGACGCCGCGUUUUCAAAAGCAGCAGCGGCCAACACAACAGCAAACGCUACUGCAGCAACGUCAACAACAUGAGCAGCCAUCAUCGUCGUCGUCGUCGUCACCUCCUCCUCCUCCGCCAUCUAUCGACCUAACGGAAUUUGAAAGAAAUUGUUUCAACGCGUUGGAUGCAUUUCUCACGGAAACCAGACAUCAGUCCAACCUUCUCGUUACUUCAAAGUCUUUAGUUGUUGUUUAUUUUGAAGAUGUUCAACUGGAGGGCAGUGACGUCACAAGUCCGUCGUCAUGGCAACGUCCAAUCAACUUGGAACUUGAAGCUUCUGAAAGGAAAGUAUUGGAUCAGAAAUCUGUUUUCCAACGAUCGUUGAGUGAGCAGAAACCUCGUCUGCCGCCUCUAUCUCACCUGCCUUCGCACUCCUCAGUUAAAAAACCAACCGUGGAAGUUGGCAGGUCACCACACAAACUGACUGAUCACCAUUCAUCUAAUCUGGCUUCAGCAACAAAACACCUCCAUCACUACGCCGAACACAUGAGGCACUACCAACCCACCCACGACACAAACCCCAGCCCGACCCGCAAAAGUCCAACCAGUCCAUCAUGGUCCAGAUAUCCACGAGAAAGUCCCACAAGAUCUCCUUCUUCUCGAUCUAAAUCGCCUAAUAGCGCAAAUCGAUUUUUUGAAAAUGACACUUUUCCAGAUGACUUGGAAAGAAAAGACGUUUUGUCGUCACUUUCAUCAAGCUCUGAGGAAUCAUUGAACGAUCGAAAAGAAGCAGAAAUGAGAAAUUUUGAAAGAGAUGAAGUCGGUCUGGUAAACUCAACUAACGGUGACGAUGAUAUCUACACGUACGAUCUUGCAAGUUUUGCUGCAUCUGUGCACAGCAGCACCAAGCAUUUAAUGAGCCUUAAUGCUAGCCCUCCAGAUUGCAACUACGAAAAAUUUACUCAAGUUUUAGAGUCAUCAGAAAAAUUACUCUCGGAAUGUUACUUUGAUCACAAAGCACUACCUAAACAUUUGCAAAAUUUAAGUUCAACAGCUCAAGUUAAAACGAGCAACCAACCUUUAAUCCAGCCCAAACAACAACUUCCCGAUGACAGAGAAGAAAUUAGUAACUAUGCAGAGUCACAAGUCACUAAAAAUUCAAACAUGCACUUCUCUCAGACUGACGAUUGGUCUCCAAUUAGAGAUCUUCUGUACCCAAUUCUUGAUGUCUCACCCUCUGUCGAACAAAAAGAAGAAGGUGCUGAACGUAAAAAAAAUUCUGAAUCUGAAAAGAUAGAAAAAAGCGAAAAAGUUAUAAAAUCUUAUGAAAAUAAUUUAAAAAAUACAAAAGAAAAAGAUAAUCAUAACACAGAAAAGCAAAAACCUUCGCUGGCAAAAUCUUCACAGGCACUACCACAAAGAAAUGAUCGCGCUGAUAACUGGUCGAGUGAUGUAAUGAAGAGGUUUCCAGGUCAAUUAACUCCUGUUGAGACUGAUUUCGAUGACGAAAACGACAAGCAAAUCGGUCAUCAAAAGCAAGCCCUGCCAAGCAAUAACAACGACGCCGUGACUAGCUGGUUUGAUAAAACUUCGCUCUUUGGCAACGUGGAUACUAGCGAUGAACGUGAAAACGAUUUCUUAAACAGUCCGAUUGUUUUUGUCAAUAGUGAUGAAGACAGGGAAAUUGAUUUGGACGAGGAUAUUCCUCCCAAGCCAUUCAUGAACAGAAAAUCCACCAAGACUAACGUUCCGAAGCAGCAAGAAGCUGAACAAAGUAGAUUGGAUCUUGAAAACUUUACGAUAAAUCAACAAGCAAAUGACGACAAAAAAAUCAUUGACUCUAAAAACAAUCAAUUUGAAAGCCAACAACAACUGCAUUCUAGCAAAAGUGAAACAAGUUCAAACGCAAACUUAGUUAAAAAUGCGAAUCCCAGUUUACCAAAUACUAAACAAUCUUCACCUAAUGAUACACCUACUUCAGCGGUGAAAGCAAAACUAUCGAAGCAUCCACCUCCUCCUCCUCCUCCUCCACCAAAACAACGAGCCAUUUCUUACGAGGAGACACACAAAUAUUUAAAAUCAAAAAUUCUCGAGCCUGUUCAGUUAGACGAAAAAACAAAAACCGUAAGUGAAAAUGAAAAUAUUGCUCCAUCCUCUGUAAAGAAUAUAAUACGAACUUUUGAAACUGUACAAGAUAACAACAAAGCAAACAUUCAUAAAGAAGAAUCUCCAAGCAAAAGAUCUCCAGGUCGAUCUUCUAAAGCAACUAAUAACCAUUCGGAGCAACAUAGUCACAUUCAACCGAAUGAAUGUUAUAAUCAAGAGGUUGAAGCGAAUAUUUCAAAACCUUCUGAUUUCUCGCGGAGACAAAUUUCAAAUGAAAAUGAGAAAGUUAAAUUGCCACAAAAACCUAAUAGAGAUCAAAUUCAGGGGCAUAAAUCUUCGGAUGAAAAAUCGUACCAACGUAAUAAAUCAGCGUAUUCGGCAGGUGACUCAUAUUCUCCUAAGAAACACAUUGAAAGCCGCAGCUCUUUUCAUCAACACGAAGACGUUAAAGAGAGCUCUGGUUCACCUAGAGCCGCAUUAGUCAUGAAUGCCAACAAUUUUGCGGACAAUAAAAAAUUACAACAAUCCGCAUUGAGAGAACGUCCAUGUCUCGCCAGAAGUCAGGAGUCUCCUAAAAGUCAAACAGCUCUUCAACGACAACUACAAAUGCAACCAAAACAACCACACCGCCAGCAACAGUGUCAUCAACAACAAAAUAAUCAACAACAAAAUAAUCAACAACAACCAUUGAAAAGUCAAAGUGAAGGUGUUCAUAGUCAACAGCAAACAAAAAACCAAUCCAGUAAAAAAUUUAAAAGACCAAUAAAUCCAAAAUCAACGCAAGUACAACCAACAUCUAAAUCUUUUCAACGAGCUCCACCUAUUCCACCGCACAAAUCGCCAAGCAGAAGACCUCCGCAUAACGGAUCAAAUCCAAAUCUAGUGGAAACACCGUACAUGCAGUCACCUUUAGAACAAGGCCUAAGGAAAAGGCCACAAAGAUUACAAGCAAAUCAACGCCAUCUUCCGCCACAACCGCAAAUUUCAACGUCAGAUCACGAACGAGCAAACAAUAGAAGUGGACCAGUUAUGCAUAAAAGAGGAGCCGUGUCCAUGCAUGAUUUGGAUGAUUACUCUUCAUCAGCAUCCCCUUACCAUGGGCACUAUCCUGAACUGUCCGAUUAUAAUUUUCAACAAAAUUUUGAUCCCCGGCAACCAAACGUAUCUCCGGCUCAUCGUCCUCAUUAUUCAAAAAAGAUACCAAAUAGUCAGUCGCUGACAUCAUUGCCAGUGACAACGUAUGAAACUGAUUACUUGAACCCCAGAUAUGAUGUUGCGUAUAAUUAUGCAAUAAAUAAUGAACAUCUUAAUGAGAAACAAGAAAAGUUAUUGAAGCUUCAAGAAGAAAUUGAAAAACGCAAGUAUCACCUUUCUGAAUUAAGUAAAACUCAACUGCAACAGUACCAACAGCAGCAACAACUUUAUGACCAACUUCCAUCUCGAUGGUUCACAAAACCUGACAGCGAUGAGUAUGGUGUGCGAUUGUACAACGAUCCCGAAGCCUAUUCCAUUUCUAGUCCUCUCUCACAACAUCGAAUUGUUGACCAACAACGACAGCACCAAUUUGUUCACAACCCUGAAAAUUCACGUUAUAUGGGGUUGAUUAAACCUAUAGAUUAUCAAAUACAUCCUGAAGACUUUCUGACAGAUGAAGACAUUAUAUCAUCACAAGUUUCUCAAGUGUGUCCCACUAUAGAUCCAGUUCACGCGCAUGUUUACAGCUCCGUUGAAUACCUCGCACACAAAUCUGGAGAAAGUGGUCAAUACCAAUAUUUGCCUCCCGAGAGCAAACUCGUCGAGCAGUACUUGGAUAGAAAAGCCACGGAAAUUAACCAGCAAAUGCGUCCAAUCGGUCGCAAAAUGAAAGGAUACGUGGAUCAAACACCGAAACGUCGCAGCAAAUCGGAAUAUGCUGGAGCUCUCAACGAGCCCGCUUACGCACCAACAACAUUCAAAGGCAGUUUAGGUUACCUCAAUGCUUUGAUUCCUGGAACUGAUCCAUAUAUCAUGCAACAAAGAGAUCAAAUAAUUCCUGACUUACCUAUUGAUGAAUAUCUGGAUAAUAGGCCGGGCCUUUGCCUCGACGAUUUGGAGCUAAGCAGACAAACAUUUGCUGAUAUUUUAACUCUCAAUAAACCGUUCAUGACAGCAGAAAUUUAUCCAGAGUUAACUAUGCAACAAGAUAACUCAAUAGAUGAUCAAGUACCGGCUAGAAGAGAAAGAUACAUGGAUGACGGUAUGAUGGAGAUGAGGAGCUACGGUGGCCAUCUAACACGGGACGACAUGACGCCUGCAAUGACAAUUCUGGAUGAUGUACCAAGUAGAACCAGAAAUAUUUUGAGAGAUAUUGGAAGUAGACCGCUGUCUGACGAUUUAGAAAAAUAUUUCCAACAAACAGACGGUUAUUAA